AAAUUUGUUUGAUAAUGCGUUUUAAAAAAUAAAAAAAUAAAAUAUUAUUUUAAAAAACAGAAAAAUAAAAAUAAUUUUAAGGUGUUCUGAAAUUAUUAUUUUAAAAAAUAAAAAAAUAAUAAAAAUAAUUUUUAUUAUUUUUUUAUUCUCAAAACAUGAUUUACAAAAAAUAUUAAUUUUUAAAAUAAUAAAACAAAAAUAAUUUUAAAUAGUUUCAUAGCUACUUCAUGGAGGGUUAAUUUUUAUGCAAUAGUCUACGUACAUCAUGCUAACAGCGUUUUACAUUCUACUUAUCUACUUACAUUCUAAUCCACUCGUCAAUUUCACUGAAUCAUCACCAAGCACGUGUAACAGACAACAGUAGCUUCCAUGGAAGACCAUCCUUUGCAGAGAAGCUACUGGAAAAGAUGGAGCAAGGAAGAUUUCUUCCCUGAAGAAUCCUUCCGGAGUUUGACAACCUACCAAACUGCACUAUCUCAGACGUUGGUGAGAUUCAAGGAUCGUCUGCUGAGCAGAUCCGACGACACCACCGAGACUGAUGAAAUUAGAAAAGAAAGCGAGAACGACAUGAAACGCUGCCUCAACUGGUGGGACCUCAUCUGGUUCGGCCUUGGCUCCGCCAUCGGCGCCGGAAUCUUCGUCCUCACCGGUCAAGAAGCUCACGACCACGCCGGACCCGCCAUUGUCUUGUCCUACGUCGCCUCCGCCAUCUCCGCCAUGCUCUCUGUUUUCUGCUACACAGAGUUUGCUGUGGAAAUCCCCGUUGCAGGUGGAUCAUUUGCAUAUCUGAGAGUGGAACUCGGAGAUUUUGCAGCAUUCAUAGCAGCAGGAAACAUUCUGCUAGAAAGCAUAAUAGGAAGUGCGGCAGUAGCAAGAGGAUGGACCUCUUACUUCACAACCCUUCUGAAUCGUCCCUCUAAUUCACUUCGUAUCAGAACAAAUCUCAAAGAUGGCUACAACUUACUAGAUCCAAUAGCCGUUGUGGUGCUGGUCAUUCUAUCCACAAUCGCCAUGAUCAGCACCAGAAAAACCUCGUACCUUAACUGGAUAGCAUCAGGAAUCAACACUUUUGUCAUCAUCUUUGUUAUAGUCCUAGGUUUUUCUCAUGCGAAUACCUCAAACUUGUCGCCUUUCUUGCCUUAUGGGAUUGAAGGGGUUUUCAAAGCAGCGGCUGUGGUUUAUUUUGGAUAUACUGGGUUUGAGAAUGUUGCGACUAUGGCUGAAGAGACUAAGAAGCCAUCGAGGGAUAUACCAAUUGGCUUACUUGGCUCAAUGUCUUUGAUCACUGUGAUUUACUGUUUGAUGGCACUCUCAUUGAGUAUGAUGCAGAAUUAUACAGGGAUAGACCGAAACGCAGCGUUUUCUGUGGCUUUUGGGAGUGUGGGAAUGAAAUGGGCAAAGUAUGUGGUGGCUUUUGGUGCAUUGAAAGGCAUGACCACUGUGCUUUUGGUGGGAGCGCUAGGACAGGGACGAUAUGUCACGCAUAUUGCACGUGCUCAUAUGAUUCCACCAUGGUUUGCUCUGGUGCAUCCCAAAACAGGAACCCCAAUAAAUGCUACACUUCUGAUCACCAUCUCAGCUGCCUGCAUCGCAUUUUUCUCAAGUUUGGAUGUAUUGGCAAGCUUGUUGUCAAUAAGCACAUUAUUUAUCUUCAUGAUGAUGGCUGUGGCUCUUCUUGUGAGAAGAUACUAUGUGAGGGGAGUCACACCAACUCACAACCUGAUGAAGCUAGUCAUCCUCUUGGUUCUCAUUGUUUCUUCUUCAAUGGCUACUUCAGCUUAUUGGGGUCUGAGACCUAAGAAUGGUUGGGUGGGAUACACCAUAACUGUUCCUCUAUGGUUCUUGGCCACUUUAGGACUGUCCUUAUUGCUGACUCAGCAAAGGGCACCAAGGGUUUGGGGGGUACCCCUUGUCCCUUGGCUGCCAUCUUUGUCUAUAGCAACAAAUAUUUUUUUGAUGGGAUCCUUAGGGACUGAUGCAUUUAUAAGGUUUGGAAUUUGCACUGCUGUGAUGCUAAUCUAUUAUGUGUUCUUUGGGCUUCAUGCUACUUAUGAUAUGGCUCAUCAUCGCCAACAAGAGAAGAAUAAGAUUUUGGAUCCAUUGAAAGCAAAGAAAGAGACCUUAGACAAUGCAAGGCCUUAGUUUAUUAAUUAAUGUAUGUUCUUUCUACAAUAACCUCUACGUGUACAUAUGAAAGUUUACAUCUAAAAGAGUUUCAUUAUGGAUGGGGAAAAAUUAAAAAGGCUACUUAUAAUAUAAUUUGUUAUUGGACAAUAUUAGAAUA